CAGUAGGUGGAGAAAAUUACCAAUUGGAUCUUGGGUUUUAAAGGUAACAUGAUUUCCAAGGGGACACUGACUGUGGUUCUCUCCUUCUUGUAUCUCUGAACAGAACAUAUUUCUACUAACAAUGGCUGCAAAUUCUGUUGAGAAUCAUACGGAGAAUGUUACUAUUGAACCUCUCUUGGCAAAACGGAUGAGGAAAGACCCUGAUGCAACUACAAGAAAAAGCGUUGUGGUUCUAACGAGGGGAAAUGUUGGAGUUAGGAAUGGUAUGGUGUUUAUGCCAAACACCAUUGAAAUGGCUAUACUCAAAAAACCAGAUAAAGGGCAAUUCAAAACAAAUAUACACUUUUCUUCAAACAUGACAGAAACUGAUGUAAAAUCCAUAUUAAUGGCGAACUUUCCAAUUUUGAGAGACAGGAGGUUUUACUGUGCUUCAGUGGUUGACUUUCGAACAAGAUUGGAAUUUCAUGGUGAACGUCGCAUUUGGGAUGGACGCUUCAUCAAGAAAGUGAUUAAAGGAAACUCAGCUCUUUAUGUCUUUGUAGAAGAGGAUGGGGAUUUUGGAGAAUCAGAGGUGGUGGAGGAUUUGGGAUAUGAAUCUUCCAUUAGAGAGCAGUUAGGAACGAAAUGUUCAUUUGACCAGAUUACAUGUGGAGAGUUGACAAGCAGUGAGAGCCCAGUGAAAAUGUCACUAUCAUCAAUAGAUGGUCCUGCUCAACCAAGCCCUGAAAAGCUUCCUGUUGUAAUCGCUACACAUGAUAGCUUAUCCGAAAACAUUUCAAGUUAUUCAAAUUUGGCAUCAGGUCUGGCUGAAAAAAGUGCUGAGAAAAGUGAUGUUGAGUUAUCAAAUGAAAGACCGCUCAUGAAUGUGCAGCAAGAACUUGUGGCACCAAGUAAUACAAUAUUAUUCCUGCAUAAUCCAUUACAGCAGUCUCUUUCAAUGGGAGGAAUCCCGUUUAUUGUGUUUCCUACUGCCGGAGGGAUUCCUGUUGCUCCAGCACCAACAACUGGAAAUAAUGCCUUAAACACAGUACCUGCUCAACAAAGCUUGGAGAUGCCAAUUUUGCCUACCUCUAACAAUCCAGGGUUGCAAACAGCACUACAAGCUUCAACACUUACCCCUCAGCUACAGAGCUUACAUAGUUCGAGUGCAUCUUCUCAGCAACCACAGAACAUAGUUACUUCAGAGGCAUCGGUUUUAGGAAGUUCCGAGGCCCUAACAACUGUGGACACCACUGAAAUAUCUCAGCAGUUGUCUUUGACAGGGGCAGAAGGUGACAGAACCGAUGUAGAAGGGGGCCAGCAGGAAACAGAAAACUUCAAAUCUCCUGAUCAGGAAGAGCCUAAUGUGGAGAAAACUGACUCUUCUCAAGUUCCAGAGAAAGAGUCAGCAGAAUCGAUUGCUGUGGCUGGAGACCAAGAAAGUAGUGGACUUUCCACUCUUCAAAUUUCUGAUCUUGAGGUAUAA